GCGAUCGCGACAGCCAAGUGCAUCCCCUCUCCUUCAUGGCUGACCUGUGCCGCAGGCUGCCUUUGUUGCUGCUUGCCGUUGUACUGCUGCUUGCCAUUGUCGUCUUUCAUAUCUGCAUCCUCGGUUGCGUCCCUGGGAGGAAACAGAGGUGGCGAACAACGAAGGCGACCGGGAAGAUGGAGAAGGUGCAGACGAAGAGGACGAUGUCCGUAGGGGCUGGCGGGUUGUCACGUCAGCGUUGCAGCUCUGCGGAAGGCGGAAGGCGCCCGUACGACCCGACGCUGUACAGCCACCUGCCGUCCCACGAGAUUCCAUUGCCUCCGAGUGACGACGACAGCGACGAGCCCCGAUCAUCAACGGUUCCUCUGGGCAGCGGUUCGACGCAGGAUUGGAUGGGGAGCCAGCUGUACAGACAGCCCUCGACGCCGACGUACACUGAUCUGCUGGAGGGGCGGACCCCGGUUGGUUAUGACGGAGGGCUCGUAGAUCUCAGCUUCGGUUUGAGGUCUGGGAGUCGCCAAGACGUCACGCACACCAUUCUCGUGAACCCGCGUUCUGCCAGCAACCACACAGCGCCUUCGGUGGGGCCGUGUGGCCUUCCUGACACCCGCGGCCGGGGUUCUGGUCAGUCGGGCGACAAACGUGGACUCGUUUCGCGAGGGCGGGCGGCAGUGGGCACAGCAGAUGUUCGCGCGGAGGGGACGAGGACAGGUGGAUCGACAACGGCAGGCGGCGCAGUCCACCGAGGAGGGGAUGACGCUGACGGCUACGCUGCGGAGGUCGCGGGGCGAGAGGUUUGGGAUGAUUACCGGCGACAAUCGCGCGACGGGGGCAAUGACAACGACGACGACGACGACGACGGGGAGAUGGAGAUUCGUCCGCUGGGGAUGAAACGGGGAGGGCCCAGGGCGACGCGCAAGUCCAGCGAGCCACGCGCGGGGCGGAGAGGCAAGAAGACUGAGGGAGAUGCGUCGGCAGGCGACGGAGCGAAAAGCAGGGAUUUUUGGACCGUGGAACACAUGAUUGCUCUUGUCAGAGCUAAAAGAGACCAAGAUUUGCAUCUUGCUGGCCUCGGCCACAACAUGGGAAGGAUGAAGACGAAGACAUGGAAGUGGGCCGACAUCGAGAGCAGGCUCGUGCAGAUGGGGGUGCCGACUAGAAAGGCCGACGACUGCGGGAAAAAAUGGGACAACCUGUACAUGCAGUUCAAAAUUGUGCACAAGUUCAUGGGAGAAUCGGGGAAGCCUGAUUUCUUCACACUGGCGCCGCGGGAGAGAAAGGAGCAGGGGUUCAAUUUUCGGAUGGACGAGCGUGUGUAUUCGGACAUGAUGGCCAUGUCCAAGGGCGAUCACACUAUACACCCCACGAAUCUGGCGGACACGGGUGCAGCGGGAGGUGUUCAACUGCCAGGCCGGACUGGAGGUCGGAACGAUUCAGGCGGUAGUGGCGGAUGCGGGGAUGGGCAGGACGACGAUCAGGGAUCGACGCGGAAUUCAAGUUUCAGCGGCGGUGCUGUGGGCGGGUGCGGCAAAAGGAAGAAUGUGAGAAAACAGACCUUCGACACGAUUGCGGACGUCAUGAAGGACCACGGGAGUCUGAUGGCGACGACGGUGGAUAGCGCGAGCAAGAAGCAGUGCUCAAUUCUGACUAGGCAAUGCAACAUUCUCGAGCGAGAGCUAGAAGUGCAGAAGGAACACUACGUGAAGGCCGACCAGGCGAACCUGUUGAUCUCCGAGCACACUGCAGACUUCCAGCCAGAAGAAGUGGUGAUGGUGGACGCGCAAGGUACUUCAGAGGCGCCGCGAUUGGGUUUCGGGCGGGAUGGGUUGACGAGGGAACAGUUGUCCGCUGUCAAGCAGAGCAUUGUUGUUGGUGCUGCCGGGGCGUCGCAAAGGACCCCGAAGGCGGCAGGGGUUGUCAUAACGGAGGUGCGCGUCCCGAGGCAACUUCCCGAGGCGACGGGGCAGGGCCAGCCAUGUCAGGUACUUCCACUGCAACAAUUGGGGGCUUCAGUGGGGGGGAGAGCACAGCCCGCGCAAAAGGGCGAUGCAACGAAGAUCGGCACUCGGACGGCGGCGGCGGAUCACAGUGGUAGAACCGGAGUCGCCGAAGGUGCGGGCGAGGAGAGGGUAGACGACGUCCGCCACGACGAGGGAAGAAGAGACGGAAAGCGGGAGGACGACGACGACGAGGACCGUCCACUUGUGACGAGGUUGAAGGGAGCCGCAAAGGAGGAUGAGUCGUACAUCACUGUCGACAUUGCCACAGACGUCGCACGAGCAGUUUGGCAGGGGCAGGAAUCGUCGAACGUGGUAUCCCCUGCACUCGUGUACCACACUCUGGGGAUGAAGAUGGACGUGCCUCUGUGGUUCGCGGGGGUGAAGAUUGUGGAUGGGCCAGGACGACGACAUGGCGGCGCGGCAGGAGGCGACAGUUCUUCGCAUCGCGGAAUGCUGGACAGACGCACUGUGGUGUGGACAAUGGGCGGACGGCGGGCGCGUGAAACAGGAGAGGUUGUCUAGGCUUGCGGACUGUCUUCGAGCGUUGUUGAGCAUGUGCAUGUGGAUCAUGCGCAUAAGUGGUGACGACGACCGUUCGCACUACGAGGCGUGCCUUUACUCG